GUCUCCAUCACAUAACUCCGCCCACUUCUUUCUUGACCUUUCCACUUGAGUGUUGGUGGACUUCAUUUGUCCUCACCUUGGACAUUAUUUGUGAAAUAAAACACUGAUGUCUUAGUAACUGGACACCUGUAUAUAAUGUGGGCAAGGCAUUUGUCCCCUUAGGCCACGCCCUUCAUCAUUUACACAAAAUACAUAGAUUGUUGCCAAAGACCUAAACAGUACAAAUCGGACCGAUGACGUCAUUAUUGUGUCGGACUGUUAAGAUAAAGGAGGUGACAGGUGGUUGCUGCAGAGCUCCUCAUUCACGACAACAGUCAGCUGGACGCCCCCUCUCCUCCCUCCAUUGGGAGCGCGCCGUGAGAGCCUGACGGAGCGCGGAAUCUCCCGCCAUUCCCUCACUGCUCCUUCGUCGCCAGCGUGCACGUCUCCUUUUCUCGCGCUCACACGCACUGACCCGCAAUGUGGGCGAGCGUGCGGCAGCCGCAGCACCCUGGCGCACACUCGCGCAGCAGUGCCCUCCGCUGAGCGCAGAACCCGCGAACAUUUGGCGGUUUUUUUUGUUUUUUUCCCUUUCUUGCUUUUUACUUGUCAAAUUGAUAAGGAUGAAGUGGCGCCAAGUAUCCUGAGUGGUUUGGACUCCGCAGCUGGUUCAGGGGGUUGGGGGGUUUGGGGUCCAGUCAUGGGCAGCCCGGAACCCACGCCCCUCAGCUUCAUGUGGCUCGUGCACACGUGCGUGCAGCUGGCACGCUGCCAGGAGUUCUUGGCGCCACAUUCCAUCCGCGUGGAGGGUGAUGUCACGCUCGGGGGGCUGUUCCCCGUGCACGCCAAGGGGGUGCCCGGCGGUCCCCCCUGCGGGGACCUGAAGAAGGAGACCGGCAUCCAGCGCCUGGAGGCCAUGAUGUACGCGCUCGACGUCAUAAACGGCGACGAGCGCCUGCUGCCCAACAUCACGCUGGGCGCGCGCGUGCUCGACACAUGCUCGCGGGACACGCACGCGCUCGAGCAGUCCCUGACGUUCGUGCAAGCGCUCGUGCAGACGGACACGUCGGACGUGCGCUGCACCGACGGGGACGCGCCCGUGUUCGUGGAGGCGGAGAAGGUGGCGGGCGUGGUGGGCGCGUCCGCCAGCGCCGUGUCCAUCAUGGUGGCCAACAUUCUGCGGCUCUUCCAGAUUCCACAGAUUAGCUACGCGUCGACGGCUUCUGAGCUGAGCGACGAGCGGCGUUACGACUUCUUCUCUCGCGUGGUUCCCCCCGACGGCUUUCAAGCUCAGGCCAUGCUGGACAUUCUCAAGGCGCUCGGAUGGACGUACGUGUCCACGGUGGCGUCGGAGGGCAGCUACGGCGAAAGGGGCGUGGACGCCUUCCUGCAGCUUUCGAGAGACGCAGGUGGAACGUGCGUGGCUCAGUCUGUGAAGAUUCCACACCACCCCACGACAUCCUUCUUUGACAAAGUCAUCCGCCUCCUGCUGGACACGCCCGCCGCCCGUGCCGUCAUCCUCUUCGCUUCUGAUGAUGACAUCAGAGGCGUCCUGAGUGCCAGCAAGCGGGCGCAGCAGGUGGAUCACUUCCUGUGGAUCGGCUCCGACAGCUGGGGCGCUAAUAAUGCUCCCGUCCAUCAGCUGGAAGACACCGCCGCCGGCGCCAUCACCAUCUUGCCCAAAAGAGCCACUAUCAAAGGCUUUGACGCAUACUUCAUGUCACGCACGUUGGAGAACAACCGCAGAAACGUUUGGUUUGCUGAGUUCUGGGAGGAGAACUUCCACUGUCAGCUGACCAACACGCCCACACAACGGCACGCCGCCAGGAAGUGCACGGGUCAGGAGCGGAUCGGCAUGGACUCCAGGUACGAGCAGGAGGCCAAAGUGCAGUUUGUGAUGGAUGCCGUGUACGCCAUGGCCUACGCGCUGCACAACAUGCAUGCUGACCUUUGCCCCCCGAACUCCGCCAUCUGUCCCAAUAUGGAGAUGGCUGGCGGCAAGAAGCUGCUUAAGUACAUCCGCGCUGUCAAAUUCAACGGAAGUGCAGGUACUUCAGUCACAUUCAAUCAUAACGGCGACGCCCCGGGACACUACGACAUCUUCCAGUACCAGUGGAACGACGUCAACGGGCCAGGAUACCGUGUCAUAGGACAGUGGACAGAAACUCUGCAGCUCAACGUGGAGGACAUGCGAUGGGGGCGCGGCAAACAGGAUGUUCCUUCGUCUGUGUGCAGCCUUCCGUGUCGGGUGGGCGAGAGGAAGAAGGCGGCGAAGGGCGUGGCCUGCUGCUGGCACUGCGAGCGCUGCGACGGUUACCAGUAUCGACACGACGAGUUCACAUGCAAGCUGUGCGCCUUCAACAUGCGACCCGACGCUAACCGCACUUCCUGUCAGCCCAUCCCUGUCAUCCACUUGGAAUGGGGCUCCCCGUGGGCGCUCGUGCCCGUCUUCCUCGCCAUCCUGGGCAUCGCUGCCACGCUGGCUGUCACGGCCGCCUACUUGCGUUACAACCACACGGCCGUGGUUCGUGCGUCCGGCCGCGAGCUGAGCUACAUGCUCCUGACGGGGAUAUUCCUGUCCUACGUUGUUACUUUCCCAAUGAUCGCCAAGCCGGACGCGGGUGUGUGCUCGCUCAGGCGCAUAUUUUUGGGGCUGGGAAUGUGCAUCAGCUACGCCGUCAUGCUCGCCAAAACACACCGCAUCCACGCUAUCUCCGGAAGGAGCAAGGUGUCGGUGGCGACACCCCGCCUCGUCAGUCCCGCUUCCCAGCUCGCCGUGGUCUGCGGCCUCGUCGCCGUCCAGCUGCUGGCCACGCUGCUCUGGAUCGCCGCCGCCCCAUCCCGCGCCCUGGUCGACUACGACCAGCGGAAAAGCGUGGAGCCGGGUUUGGCGCGUGGCGUGUUGAAGUGUGACAUGGGCGACCUGCAGACCAUCUGCACGCUGGGCUACGCCAUCCUGCUGAUGGUUGUGUGCGCGGCCUACUCCAUCAAGACGCGCCGCCUGCAUGACGCCGUCCACGAAGCCAAAGCCAUCAGCUUCACUGUCUACACCACUUGCAUCGUCUGGCUCGCCUUCAUUCCUAUUUUCUUCGGAACGCCGCGAUCUGCCCACAAGCUUCACAUCCAGACAACUGCUCUGACCAUCUCCAUGAGCCUCAGCGCCUCGGUGGCGUUGGGAAUGCUCUUUCUUCCCAAGGUGUACGUCAUCAUCUUCCACCCGGAACUCAACGUAACCCAGAGGAGGCGGUCCUUUAAGGCGGUGGUGACGGCGGCCGCCGCAACUUCAAGAUUGGCUCACAAGGUCAGCGAGCGACCCAACGGCGAGGCCAAGACUCAACUGUGCCACAACGUGGACGCCAGCAGUGAGUCACGCCCUCUUAAGUGUACGCUUCAUACACAUGGAGUGUCCAAACUUUCUCCGACACGGCCACGUACAGAAAAAUGUAAAGAUGCAAUGAACCACUUCGAUACAUUUUGUAAAUUAAGGAUGCUCAAAGUAAUCCAAUACAGUGGAUGAAAACCCUGCUAAAUUAUCUGAACAAAUUAUCCACAUUUUAGCUUUGACUUAGACAAAUUAGUUUCAUAUAUAAUAAUAAUAAUAACUUUGUUUUAUUUUUUACAAUAUGUCGAGAGACAAUAGAAAUCAAGCUUUUGGCAGAAAAUAGCCCCCGGACCACACUUGGGACAACCGGGUCCAAGUUAGCUACUAGCUCUUUAAUGUUAGCAAUGGCGCUCAAACGUGAGUAUGUAAAUGGUUGGCUUCAUGCAAACAAUGCGUGUCAAUCAUUUAUAUUUACACAUUUUUUCAUCGAUGAUAUGUUCAAGUGUAUAAUAGAAAUUAGUUUACAUUUUUGUCAUUAGUGAUGCGUUCAAGUGUAUGAAAAAAUAAAUGAGUUUACAUGUUAUGUAAUCGGUGAUGCGUUCUUGUCUAUAAAAUAAAUUAGUUUGCGUGUUUUGUCGUAAUAGAUGCGUUCAA